ACAGCUCAUGAACCUGUUCCCCUAACCUAAAUUGUACUCUUUGAGAAAACGAGAGAAGAGCUGAAAAUUUGAAGUCUCAAAUUUCCUAGAGAGAGAGAAAGUCUCCACAAACUCUAUAGGUCUGUCGAUACAAGCCUACAACAACCAAUUUAACGACUUUCACGACGAGAUCCCAUCUCUUCGACUUUUAUCAAGUAAUAGAAUUUUGAUUAUCGUCAUCGCAAUUACAAUCAAUCACAAUGAUGGAUCCAGCAAAUUCGUAUUUGGGGAAAAUGUUACUAGAAGAAAUUACACCUGUAGUGAUGGUUCUUAGAACCCAAACUGUUGAAGAAUCUUGUCUUAAGAAUGGCUUCAAUUUGGUUCAGAUGCUGAAUCCUUUUUGUGUAUUCAACAAUAUUGAUGUGCCUGUAAGGACUGCCAGUGAUCAACCAUAUAGGUUGCAGAAGUUCAAGUUUCGAUUGUAUUACGCUUUGGAUAUCCGUCAACCUAAUAAAGAGGCCAUAAACGACCAUCUAAAACAGGUAAUUAUUAAUGCCAAUGAGAAAGAUGCCACUGAUUUGUGCUCAGAUCCACCUCAACUAGGAAACAUACUUGCAGUUGCUAAAAUGGAAUCCCUGCCUUCAUGGUUUCAAGCCUUCAAUAAAGAGCUUAUACUCGCCCCAGCAUUUUCGGAACACGAAGCCUUUGAUCACCCUGUGGCAUGUCUUGUGGUCGUCUCCUCUAAAGAUGAACAACCUGUUAACAAACUUAUUGAUCUUUUUAACACCAACCAGCUGCCCUCUCUUCUAAAUGAUGGCGCAAUGGAUCCGAAGAUCUUAAAGCACUAUCUGUUAGUCCAUGACAAUCAAGAUGGCUCCUCAGAGAAGGCUAUGAAUUUGUUAACAGAAAUGAAGAGUGCAUUUGGCACAAAUGACUGUAGCUUAUUGUGCAUUAACUCUGGUCAAGAUGGACUCAGAGACCAGCAGGAUAGCCCAUGGUUUCCUUAUGAAACUGAUUCUCCACUCGCUCUGAACUCCGAGGAUAUUAAUGAGAUGAAGGAACUCAUGCAAGAUUUAUCUUCCAAACACAUCAUUCCUCACAUGGAGCAAAAAAUACGUUUGCUUAAUCAACAGGUUUCUGCAACUCGUAAGGGCUUUAGGAAUCAAAUAAAGAAUCUGUGGUGGAGAAAAGGCAAAGAAGAAACACCAGAUGCUCCCAGCGGCGGCAUGUACACCUUUAGCUCCAUCGAGUCUCAAAUUAGAGUUUUGGGUGAUUAUGCCUUCAUGUUGAGAGAUUAUGAACUUGCUUUGUCGAAUUAUCGGCUGCUCUCUACAGAUUACAAGCUUGACAAGGCCUGGAAACGUUUUGCAGGCGUACAGGAAAUGCAAGCACUUACCUAUUUUAUGUUGGAUCAAUCAAGAAAGGACGCAGAGUAUUGCAUGGAAAGUGCUUUCAAUACUUACUCGAAACUUGGAUCAUCUGGUCAACGAAAUGCUACGAGGUGUGGUCUCUGGUGGACAGAAAUGCUCAAGUGCAGGGAUAUAUACAAAGAGGCAGCUGGUGUUUACUUUCGGAUUUCUAAUGAGGAGCCUUCACUACAUGCAGCUGUAAUGCUUGAGCAGGCAUCUUACUGCUACUUGAUGUCUAAUCCACCCAUGUUACGCAAGUAUGGAUUUCAUCUCGUACUUGCGGGUAACCGUUACAAUAUAUCUGAUCAGCGGAAACAUGCAAUUCGGGCAUAUAGAGGGGCACUUUCUGUUUACAAAGGAGACACUUGGAAGUACAUAAAUGAUCAUGUUCAUUUUCAUAUGGGGAAGUGGUACGCUUUUCUUGAGUUAUUUGAUGUUGCAAUGAAACAUAUGUUAGAAAUCCUGGCAUGUAGUCACCAGUCUAUCGUUACCCAAGAGUUAUUUCUAAGAGACUUUCUUCAAAUUGUUCAGAAAAUGGGGAAGACAUUUGAGGUAUUCAAACUUCAGUUGCCCGCCAUCAACCUGCCAUCUCUGAAAGUAAUUUUUGAAGAUCAUCGAACUUUUGCUUCACCUACUGCUGUUAAUGUUAAAGAAAGUUUGUGGCGGUCACUGGAGGAGGAUAUGGUUCCUUCAAUACCCACCAUGCGGUUUAAUUGGCUGGAAUCGCAACCUAAGUACUCAAAGAAACAUAAAGAUUCUAAUAUCUGUGUAGCUGGAGAAGCCAUAACCGUUGAAAUUGAAUUCAGAAACCCUCUUCAAAUUCCAAUCUCUGUUUCUGGUCUUUCUCUCAUAUGUCAGUCAGAAGAAGAGACGACAAUGACUGGUGAUGAAUCUGUCAGUGAUACCGGACUUCAUUUGGCAUCUGCAUCGCAGGAUGAGCUGGAACUCCAAAAGUUGAAAGGCAGUUGGGAGAAAAAUGUUGGAAGUUCUUCGUUUAUAUUAUCGGAGGUCGACUUUUCUCUUGGAGGACGUGAGACAACUCCGAUCCAAUUGACUAUCACACCCAGAGUGGAAGGUAUUCUAAACAUUGUCGGUGUCAGAUGGAAAUUUUCAGAUUCUGUAGUUGGUUAUCAUAAUUUUGAUUCUGCUCAAGUAAAGAAGAAAAGUGUUAAGGGAAGAAAAGCUAAGCCAUCUUCAAGCAAUAAUCUGAAGUUUACAGUGAUCAAGGCUCUGCCAAAGCUGGAGGGUUGCAUCCAGCAUAUACCGAAAAGAACAUAUGCUGGGGAGUUGCAUCGUCUUGUUUUGGAGUUGAGGAACACAUCAGAAUUUCCUGUCAAGAAUCUUAAGAUGAAGAUCAAUCGACCAAGAUGUUUAAUUCCAGGUUAUCGCGAAGAUAUGAAUGCAGAAUUUCCUGCUUGUCUACAUAAACAGAAAAACUCGGCCAGCAGAGAGUUGUACUCAGUUGAGGGGUCCGAUGGCCUUGUGUUUCAAUUUCCAGAGGAUGUGACAGUAGGAGGACACCAGAUAUUAUCAUGGCCUCUUUGGUUGCAACUGGGAGAUCCCGGAAGCAUCUCAUUGUUUAUAUCAAUAUACUAUGAAAUGGAAGAUAUAUCAAGUGUGAUGAAAUUUCGUACUCUUCGAAUGCAUUAUGAUCUGGAGGCCUUACCAUCAUUGGAUGUGUCGGUCAAGAUCAGCCCGUGUCCUUCAAGAUUGCAGGAAUUCCUUGUGCGCAUGGAUAUUGUGAACAAAACCAGUUCUGAGACUUACCAUCUUCGACAGUUGUCGUCCAUUGGACACCAGUGGAAAAUCUUACCACUCUCAUCUGAUGGUCCAAUUUGUCCCUCACAAGCAUUAGUUGCUAAUCAAGCAUUAUCAUGCUUCUUUAAACUUGAGGACUGCAGUAAAUUAACCAAUGAUGAAACAUUAUCGACUCACAGCUCUGUCGGUGGAACUGAUGUACGAUUGGUUGUGGACGGCAGUGAAGCAAUGUUUGAUAUGUCUGGUACACCUAUAGCAGCUUUUCACCAUCAUGACAGGUUGCACCAGGAAAAGUCAAAUCAGGGAAAUCCAAGCAUUGCAAACUUUAUAUUAAUCUCUCAGCUUCAAGAAUCAAUAACUGGCCCAUCAAGUUCCUCACGUCUGUUUUCUCAUCAUCUAUACAGCCGCAGUAUUGCAAGCACAAGCCCUGUGUGGUGGCUGAUGGAUGGGCCACGAGCUUUGAAUCACGACUUCUCAAUCUCUUUCUGUGAGAUUGAACUUUUCCUGACAAUCCACAACUCAUCAGAUUCUGGUGCUUCUAUUCGAGUUAAUACAGUCGAUACCAGUACUGGUGGUCAGUUGCGUGAUUCUGUUGCUGCGCCUCCAUCACCAGCCUCAACUGGACUCCAAGUAGGAUGGCACAGUAUAGCAUUGACAGAUGAUUCCAAAGAUUCACCCAACAACACCAUUGGAACACAAGUUACAAAGUCAUCAUCUGAUGGUGGUGCUCCUUUUAUUUGGUCAGCAUCUAGUUCUAACCGGUUAGAACUUGGUCCAUUUUCUACGGUUAAAGUUCCUCUGCGGGUUUGUUUGUUCUCUCCUGGGACUUACGAUCUGUCAAGCUAUACUAUAAAUUGGAGCCUUCAAGUAUCUGGUGAUGAACGGAUUUCUGGAGAAAAAACAAGUCAAUCUUCAGGAACAAGUCGAGGAAAUCCUUAUUAUCUCACGGUGCUUCAAUCCCCGCAAUGAUUUUAUACUGGUCGCUUAGAAUAUUUAUAGUAUACAAGCAAAAAACUGUCUUGAUUGAGAGGCAGAUAGAUAUCCUGUGUAUUACUCCCUCCGUUUCUUUAAUAUAGGCCGGUUUGGGAUAUCGGAUAAAUUAAGGUUUUUAACAAAACCAAUCAUUUCGGCC